AAAGAAGUCAGCGAUCCAUUCGCUGGCUCGGCUCGUCUCCUCCUCGAUUGCCUUGCCGGCAACCGGAGGCAGCGCGGCUGCGCGGGGGAGGCGAGGGAUCGAGGGCAACGCGCGCGCUUUGCGUGGCACGGAAGGGGAUAUAAAAGAGGGGGGGCGCGAGAUCCAGAUCUGGUUGCCGAUGCGCCCGCCCUCCCUGCUCUCCCUCACCCUCGACUCCGCGCUCCUCCGCAUCGCCCACCUCCCCGACCUCUCCCGCCUCCCCGACCACCUCCUCGUCGACCUCUUCCGCGUAGAGAACUAUAGCUGCUGGUAAGCUGACAGAAAAGGUCCUGAAGUUGUUCCUGGCAACCGAUUGCGAGGAAAUCACUUUGCUUGUUCAGUUGCUCAACAUUAAGCAGCCGCUUGUACCGGUCCUACCCACAAGGUGCUCUGAGAAGUUCUAGAACUGACACUGAUUAAGUCAAUUUUUAUUACCUGAGAAGAUGUCUUUGGAAAUUCUGGACAGUGAGGUUGACAUUGUGAUUGCAGCACUCCAGCCCAACCUGACCGCUUUCUUUGAGGCAUGGAGGCCAUUUUUCUCUCGGUUCCACAUCAUUGUUGUCAAAGAUCCAGAUUUGGCUGAGGAACUUCAAAUCCCUGCAGGUUUCGAUCUCAAACUUUAUACAAAGUCAGACAUGGGAAUUCUUGGAACCACAUCCAUCGACUUCUCUGGUCACUCAUGCCGUUACUUUGGGUACCUUGUCUCACGCAAGAAGUAUGUCAUCUCAAUUGAUGACAAUUGCCUUCCAGCAAAGGACAAUGGCGGGCUGACUGUUGAUGCUAUUGCACAGCAUAUGUCCAAUCUGAAGACACCUGCUACGCCUUUCUUUUUCAACACACUGUAUGAUCCAUUCCGCAAAGGGGCUGACUUUGUCCGUGGAUACCCAUUUAGUUUGCGUGAGGGGGUUGAGUGCAUGCUCUCUUGUGGGCUGUGGCUUCACAAUGCAGACUACGACCCAAUGACUCAUGUUGUGAAGAGAAGUCAACAUAACACAAAAUAUGUGGAUGCUGUGAUGACAGUUCCACUUGGUGCAAUGAUGCCUGUGAGCGGGAUAAAUGUUGCAUUCAACCGUGAGGUUCUUGGACCUGUAAUGUUCCCUGCUCUGCGGCUGCGCAAGGAAGGAAAGCACAGAUGGGAUACCCUUGAAGACGUUUGGAAUGGCUUGUGUGCUAAAGUAGUGUGUGACCGCUUAGGGUAUGGCAUGAAGACCGGUCUGCCCUAUGUGAUAAGAAGCGAUGCAGAAGCAGGUAAAGCUCUGGAGAGCUUGAAAGAAUGGGAAGGGGUGAAAGUCAUGGACGUUGUUCUUUCCUUCUUUGAAUCUCUGAAGCUAUCGAGCACUGCAGUUACAGUUGAAGACUGUGUUAAGGAACUAACCAGCAUUGUUAAGGAGAAUCUGGGACCGCAGAAUGCAAUCUUCGCCAAAGCUGCUGAUGCAAUGGAGGAAUGGACCAACCUCUGGAAGGCUCAUGGAGCUCAAAAUGCUUAGGCUGAAAUUUGGCGGUCUGUUAUAAGUAUAUCUGAUAUCUGAUUUCGUAUCCACUGUUUUUUAGUUGAAUAAACAACGCUCUUGUUUGCUGGGAAUUUGCUCGUUAGUCUACGCUGCUAUACUCUGCUACAGUUCAAAGACAAUCAGUGAUUUGCAAAGCAAUGCGGUGU